UGCCGUGGUUCCCAAGAAGUAUCCAGGAGCUGGACAGGUUUGCCAAUCAGAUCCUAAGCUAUGGAGCAGAAUUGGAUGCUGAUCAUCCUGGGUUCAAAGAUCCUGUGUACCGGGCCCGGAGGAAGGAGUUUGCAGAUAUUGCCUACAACUACAGACAUGGCCAACCUAUUCCUCGAGUCACCUACACAGAAGAAGAAAAGAAAACAUGGGGCACUGUCUUCAGGGAGCUGAAGAGUCUCUAUCCAACUCAUGCUUGUUAUGAACACAACCACGUGUUCCCACUGCUGGAGAAGUACUGUGGCUACCGGGAAGACAACAUUCCCCAGCUUGAGGAUAUUUCAAAAUUCUUGCAAACCUGCACUGGAUUUCGCCUGCGUCCUGUUGCAGGCUUGCUCUCCUCUCGGGAUUUCUUGGCUGGGCUGGCAUUCCGAGUAUUUCACUCUACGCAGUAUAUUCGCCAUGCAUCCAAACCCAUGUACACACCAGAGCCUGAUAUUUGCCAUGAACUACUAGGACACGUGCCUCUUUUUGCUGAUCCCAGUUUUGCUCAGUUUUCCCAGGAAAUUGGACUGGCAUCUCUGGGAGCUCCGGAUGAUUUCAUCGAGAAACUUGCUACGGUAAUGUCAUGGUUUGAUGUGGAGGGG